GCUCUAAUGGCUCUUCUUACUGUAGAGAUCCGGCUCUUUCGGCUCCCAAACGGCUCCCCAUAUAUAUAGUUACCGAAGGACAAAAAAACGACGUUGGAAAAAGACUGUCGGCUCUGUGGCACUUGCAGAGCACAAGCGCAGCGACAGGGAGGCGGAGAGACCGCGAGAUACUGAAGGAAAAAACGGCUCCUGAAUAGGAUCUUAAAACGGCUCCCAUUGUGGAGUCGGUUCCAGUCGUUCACUUCAAAGAGCCGACUCUUAGAGCCGGAUCGUUCGCGAACGACACAUCACUACAGCUUAAAGGGGCUGUAACAAUAUAAACGGUGGCGUUAGUAGGUGUUGCAUUGUCCGGUCUUCCUACGAUGAACCUCACUAGCUGCCUGUUGAUGGCCUCUCUGGGGCUCUUCCUAGUUCUAAUCCUUGUGCUGUCUGCGUCCACCACUGACUCAUUCCCAAAAACACAGAAGAAGCUGAACGAAUCCGCUGCACUGAUCUGUGACCAGCCGUGUUCAGGUUUGACCCAGUGGAGGAGGAAUGGGGCAGAAGUGGCUCAGUGUGGUCCUGGUGCUAAACAGGGUUUUGAGCUCACCUGUGCAGGAAACGAGGGGAGAAGUACCCUGACCGUCCCUCAGGUCACCUACUCAACUAGAGGCCGCUAUUCAGUCUAUUGCUCUGGAAGGGAAGUCGUUUUUUGUCGACAGUUCCUGCAGCUUCUUACUCCUGAAUUUCCUCGUGAGCUGGAUACUGGUGACCUCCUCAAGAUGGAUCUGCAGAUUUCUGGAACUGCAAGAAUUCUCUUCACGAGGACUGGGAACCUCUCCCGACUCCAGUUGUGCAGUGUAGAUGGACGACACCAUGGAUGCCUUCCUGAAUAUCAGAAGAGGGUCUUCAUCGUUGGAAACACCUUCAUUCUGGGUAACACGGUUCCUUCAGACUCUGGGAUCUACACCAUACAAGAGGAGGACGGUACGUCCGUCAGCAUUUGGAAUGUGACCAUCAAAGGAGGAAGGAGUUUGAAUGCUGGCUUUUCCACCCCAGAAGAGAACCGAGACCUCCUUUCCCUCUUCGCAGGCCGCUUACACGACGUACGACGGAUCCAGACCUGUCAGGAGGGGUUUGGAAAGGUGGCAGGGAUUUUUGGGACUGUGAUGCUGGUCAUCGGUGUGUUUCUGGGGGUGUUUGGUGUGCCGCGGGUGCUUCGUCUGAAGGAUCGAGUCCUCCAGAGGCUCAGAGGAGGUGAUCCUAGUGGGAGUGUGGAGAAUGGAAACGUUCCCCUAAAGGAGGACCUGCAGAGUAACAUGAACCCGAAACGAUGAGCACCUUUCUCCUGUCGGCACGCUGUGAAGUGUUACUGUAUUUAUCUGGGGAAAGGUUGUUUUUUGUGUGUGAAUGUAACUGCAGAGCCAUCCUCACUGAGUCACUGCCUCCCUCGAACCACGUGGAGCUAAUUUCCUCUAGCUAUACAUUUCUUUAGUGAUCUGUUAUGUGCUGUUGGACUGUAGGAGAGCUCGGUGUUUGAGUUUGUCAUGAAUUUACUGUAUGUGGAUCCUAAACUGGGUAAAUGUGAUAAGGGAAAGGGUCUUUAGUGCCUUAAUCUUUCACCACAAAGGGCCUUAAGUGUAUAAUCCUAAUGGUGUUUAUUCAUCUACAGCCAAAGUCUGACUGAUACUAAUGGUGACGAUGCUGGCAGAUUAAGGAUUUAGGCUGUGCCUUUCUCAACUUUAUGAACUUCAACUAGUGCCCUUAACUUCUAUGGUGCCACAGCUGGAUCACUGUGCUGUAGGUCUAUGUACUGAUUCUGGUAUUGAGGUUUGGAUCUGGCCGUAGCUUUUUUUUAUUGGGAGUUGUUGAUUUGCUAUUUUAUUUGCUAUUCGCUAUUUAUUGCGUUUGUACUCCUCUAGCUCAAAUGAAGUUAUCGUAGGUUCUGUGUUUGCAUGUGUAACUGACGAAGUUCAGAUUUUGUCCAGCUGUCUAAAUGUCAGCGUGAGAUUUUUCUGUGAUCUUUAUCAGGGAACAGCACUGAAAUGAGCACAAUGAUCAAGUAUGACUGCCUCACCGUUCCUGAAGAUCCUUGUCGGUUUCAACCUGAGACACUUGAUAUUCUUGUAAUGUUGCUGUGACAUCAGACUGAAUCAGGUACAGUUCAUCAGUACAGCAAUAAUCAGCCAGAAUGUUAAUGAAGCAAUAAUCCCCCCGAUGCCGAACUCCUUACCCACCGUGACGCGCCCGUCCUUCACCUCCGACUGUAUUCAUACUCAGGACUCUACUCAGUGAUGUACAUCUCCUCAGGGACUCUAAACGCCAGGUGUAUGUAAUCCUGAAGAAGGUGCCUUUAUCUCAGCUGCACAGUCAGAAAGAAAUGACAGUAAUAACAGCACAUCACAGCAAAGACACUCUGCUACUGUGCAGUCAGUGAUGUGAGUAAUGUGCUAUAAUUAAUAAUUUAUAUAACCAAUAAAGCAUUUGUAUACAGUCUUUGUCGGAGUGUGAAUUAAGAGGAAUGAUCCUGAUCUAAGGAUCAGAUUCUUUUUUUUUUUUUUUUUUGUUAGUUCUGUUUUCCUCUGUUUCUAGUUCUUUUGUUUCUGUUUUUAUUUUAUGGGGCAGAUUUACUGAUGUUUUAAUGCAGUCACACCGUAUCAGUGUUAACCUCACUGUUCCUGUCAAGAAUGAAAUGUCACUCUUUAGUGAACUGCAUGUGGUUAGAGGGGGAAGCUCCACCAAUUUGUUGUUGGGGAACACCGUGAUUAGGUCUCCCAGCAAUCUGACAAGCGUGAAAAGAAUACUUCACCACAUCAGCCUUUAGACUGGGCCAGAAGAAAUGCUGCAGGAUACGUUUUAUACGUUUUGUUGAUGCCCAAAUGACCAGCCAUGACGUGAUCAUGGGCUAGUCUUAGCACACAGGGGCCUGUACAUGUCAGGUCCUACAAUUUGAAAUGUACUAUCCCACCCAUUUGAAGCUACUGAAGGGACCCACUUUCUCGUUAAGACUUUAUUAGUCUGAAAAAUGUGCAGCUGGGACUUCGUAUAUUUUGCCCUGGUCCACCACAGCAGACUAUUUAUUUAUAUAUUUAUAUAUAUAAAUAAUGACAUUACUGCUCAUGUGAGUUCAGUGAGUCGGGUUGGGCUUCACUUUGACAAUCUUUAAUUAUUAAAACUACUUGGUUUA